AUGCAAGCUCCAAUGACAACAGAAUACUUGGCCAUGAUAACACAGGGCCUGAACAAUCUUGGCAGUCCGCUUGGAGCAAAGCUUGUAGGUUUACGCAACUAAUUAGGAUAAAGUAGGAUAUUACAGGAUAGGGGUGUCUUGAUAAUUUAUUGUUAGUCUUUUUUUCACUCUACUUUUAAUGGAAAAACGUUCUUUCAGUAGCUGUAUACACACAAUUUGCGUUUUGUGUUUCUGUUUGUUGCAGAGUUCAUUCCGACCGCUUUUUUUCUGAAAAGACAGCUUGAAUAAGAACUGGGUAAAGAAAUAACGGACUAAAGUGGUGACGAAAAGUCGGGAAAAAAAGUCUUUGAAAGUAAUGUAAAAUAACAGAAUUUUAAAUUUAUUAUAAUGUAAAACAGUGUUUUACUUGAGUUAAUGAUUUUCAUAGAGUUAGGGUAAACGUUUUUAUAAGACAUGACAGGAUUUUACAAUCUACAACGCACUGUUGUUAUAAACAAAACUAAAAAACAUUUAAUUUUUUUAAGUAUGCUGAAAGUGUUUUCUUUUGGUCUUUAGACACAUUUGGUUAUAGAGCGGGUGCUACUAGCAUUGACUAUAACAUAAUGCCUCAAAUAUAUAAGGUCACAGAGUUACACUAGAAAUGACCAAUGGGUUGGGCCUGAGCCAAAUAAAACACGUCUGGACUAGGCUUAAGAAUUUUUUGAUCGGGACCGGCUCGUGUCAACGUUACACAAAUUUUAGCGAGCAAAGAAGUAACAAUUGCGUGCUCUGGUACAUGAAUUUAAUAUUUAAUUAACAUUGGGUAUGUUAGUGCUUAUUCAAGUGACUGUUUGUAGUCUCAAGUCUAGGUAAUUAAAAGAUAAUAACUUAACUGAUGUACCAAGUAAGUCUUUUGGCUUUUUCAAAGUUUUUAUUUUAUGAGAUUAAUUAGUUUUAAAAAUUAACUGUUUUAGGGAAAUUAAAAAUUAGUUUUUUUUUAUGUAUAUAGGUUAAAAAACAUCAUUACAUAAGUUUUACUUAGCGAUACGCCUUGGUUACCAUGACACUCCUUUAACUUUAAUUGCAUGCUGAAAAGAUAUUAUUUAUUGUAAGAAGGCAUACUUUCUUAAAAAAUUGUGGAUACGUAUAACCCUUUGAAAUAGUCGAGAACGAUAAAUUCGUGCUAAAAACAUCUUUGAAGAGCUUUAGCAGUUUAAUGUUUCUAACGACCAAAUGGAACGAAUCGUUUGGAACAAGCGUCUAACAAAUUAGAUAAACAAAAAAAAUUGGUCAUUGAGGGCUUUGAACAGUCGGCUGGAAGAAGGAAGUGUUUAGGUUUAAAGGUUUCGAUCUCAAGGCGGGAAUUACUGUAUUUUUUAUCAUAAUUAGUCAAAAUAUUGUACAAAUUCUUUUUUGGUAGUUCAGGAAUUAGGGAACAUACAUUCAAUAUUAAGUAUACUAUUUUAAAUUAAUUGUUAAAUUUUUUGCUACUAAUUUAACUUGCUGAUUUGUUAAAAUGCAAAAUUUAGGUUUGAAGCGGAAAAGUUAUUUUUCGGAAAGCGUUUUGCAAUUUGGUCAAUUAUUUGUUCGACGGAUUGAUAAGAUCUUCGCAUUAAAGUUUAAGAUGCGAUUUUAGUUUUUACGGUUAAUUUUUUAAAAGGUUACAAGGUUUUCAUAAAAAUUGCAACAAUUCUAUAUCGUUUGUUUUGAGGAUUGAAUUUAUGGUACUGACAAUCGUAUAUUUGUUUAAAUGCUGUUGCAAAGCGGUGAUCGCUUUGAUGGAAAAAAAAAUAUUUUUUAAAAUUUAUUGCAGUAAAAAAACGAAGAAAAAAGUAAACUUUUGUAACUAAAACGUUUUAAAUUUGAUUUUAUUUUUUGUUCCGCGUAACUCUAAUUUCAAUAAACGUAAACAAUUGCAAUUGUAGUUGGAAAACCGUGUUAAUCAAGUUUAACCAGUGUUUUGAAUCUAAUUUGUACAUAGAAAGAAACAACUGAUGUUUUCUUUUUUACCUUGUUGUGAUAUAAAAUUACAAAAUGUUUAAAAUAAUUUCAUUUGUUAAGGCAUUAUGUGUGUCGAAUUGCAAGUAUUAAUUAUCAAGUUUUUUAUUCGAAGGCAACGUCUCAUUCACACAUGUAAUUGCUUUUGGAAAAAUACCUUAUUUUUCUUGUGCUACCAGGCUUCGUAAUUUUAGUGGAUAUAAUCUCUGCUGCCAUGAAGCCCUUUUUGGACUCUUUUUGGUUAUUUUUGCUUUUUUUAUUAUCAGCUGCUUUUUUUCUCUAGAAAAGUUUACCAUCAAUAUUUUCUUUAUUGUUACUCAUUCAUGUCAGUGGUCUUUUUUCGCUAUUUUAUAUGUGUGCACAUUUUUCUCUGAACAAGCAAAAAACUGUAUUAUUUUUUGUUUCUAUUCAUUAUCAAUAAUGUAUCGUUUCUUUUUUUUUGUUAGGAAUGUCUAUCUCUCGCUGUUAUUCUUCACUCUCGACACACGCAAUGUUUCAUUUCAAAAAACACAGAGCCGGCGGGUUGGGAGGGAAGUCGAAAAAAUUGGUUGGAACGGAGGAGAGUUGAACCCUGUGCUUUCUAGGUUGCAUAGUAACUACAAAAAGUCUGUUUUUCCUUUAUCAUAAACGUUGAGCGAUAACGUUGCGUCGCAAAUUUUAUGGAAACUAUGUUAAAUGUCAUAUUGACUAUCGUUGUUUUUGAAGUUAUAAAUAUGUUGUAGGUAGAAAAAGUAAAUGAGGGGGUUGCUUUUUCAUACCAAUUUUUCGAAAAAACUUUUUUUUUAAAUUUGAAAUUUAUACAUGCAUGCAUGUAAACAUUUUUUAGCUACAACUUCUUUUUCUUUCUGACUAAAUGUAUCUUUGCCAUUUACCAUUUUUUUGUAAUGGAGACAUAUUUUUAAUUUUCGGUAAUGCAAAGUUUUUACAAAAUUCAUUUUAACGCUAAGUCUAUUCAGUAAAGCCAAUUAGCUGAAACACGCAUUUUACUUUUCACACCCAAACGCCUUCGGACGUUUUGCUUUUACAUUCUUUUGGGAGGAAAUUUCAAAACGCUUAACUGCGUUUGUAAUUUUAGUUUGUUGCGUUUUGUUUUUUAUAUAGUUAGUUUUUAAGGCUGUUCUUAUGAACUCUGGCUGGAAACAGAAUAAAGAAUUUUUUUACUUUAUUUUUUAUAAAGUUAAAUAUUUUUUAAAUCAAUCUAGUUUUUUACUUUGUUUUGUAUGUAUAUCACAGCUAGUCGUAAAUUUAAACUUUUUUUGUAGUUUAGCCAUUUCGAAUACAGUUUGUACCUCUCAAAUUAUUUUACGCAAAAUUUACGCUCCUCAAGAUAAUACCAGCUGAUUAAAUUGAAAAAGUAGAGUAUCUAAUUAGGCUAACUUUUAAUUUUAAGCUUAGCUAGUUUAAUUAGAAUCUUUUGUAGAAUUUUAAUCUAUGUAAACUCGGAAUUUUUCCAGCUUUGAUCGUUGAGCCCUUAAAAUGCACUCGCUCUCGUUUCUCGAGGCUUUUGCCUGCCGGCCCCCCUCUCUUUCCCUGCGACGUUUUUUCGUUUUCUCGACAUGCUCUUAUUUUCCAGCCUCACAUGUUCACUUCGUAUGACGUAAAGUUUAUGUUGUGCCCAUGUAUUUUGUAAAACGAAUGAAUCUUAUUGAUGCCGUUUUUCUUUUGGAUACUUCUUUUCACUUUGUCAUCGCGUGUAAUUGUAGGGUUUAGGUUGAUGGCAUAGUAGGGUUAGGGAUGUAACUUGUAAUUUAUUAACGGCUAAAAUACUAGUAACUGGAGAAAUUAUUGGAAGGUUGCUUACAACAGUUUGUCGUGUUUUUACAGUAAAGGGUUUUUUCAAACAUUUUUUUUAAGUUUUGAACGUACUCUUUUUGUUGGUAAUAGUCAUCCUCACUAUCGAAAUUUACGGGUUUCUAUUCUGUAAAACAAGCGUUUUUACAGCUCUGUUUCCCAUUUUAUUUGAAUGCUCUUUUUAUCAAAUUUAACGGUUUUCGCGAUCUCUUUUAAUUCUUAGCGGUUUUUUUAAUUUUUUUCUGUUAUUGACAUUAUAUUAUAUGAUCCUUAUAACGCUUUAAUGAAAAACGGUCCGGUGCUAGAAAUUGGGCACGACUCGUUGCUCUUGUCUAUUUGUUAUGCGUCGUGUCCUUUUGUAAAAAGGCUUGGUUUGAUUAACUUACUUUAAUCAGUUUGAUAGAUCUAUGCCCAGAAAGUGCGUUUUUUGUUUAUUUAUCUGAAAAGAACUAAAGAGAAAUUAUUAAGGAUCUAUAAAACAAAAGUUCACGAUUUUUUGAAUAUGAAAGAUUAUAAAACAGUUUAACAACUUUUUUGAAUUUUAAGAAUUUUGGAUUGUAAAUUACACUUUUUGUUCAUGCUUAAUCUUCUUCUUGACAGACAUUGUUUUUCGCUUUUUGAAUGGAGAUUACUUCCAUUUUACAAUACUGUUAUCGGGUGUUGCAUUAUAUUGGAUUCAUUUAAUUUGCGGCUUCUAUAGUAAUAAAAUUACAGAAACAAGAAAUUUUUGGUAAAAUCAACACGUACAUAUCUAUUUGUAUAAUUUUUUAUAAGGGUUUAAGUGUUUUUUAUUUGAGUUGUAUUUAUUUUUUAUAAUUUUAUAUCGAGAUUUUUGCAAACAAUAGAAAAUUUGCAAAUUUUCUGAUGAAUCAGUUCUUCAUUUUUUAAGGUACAUAAUCGCAUUAUAUUUCUUAUUUGGAUUGUUAAAUAAUAUGUAAUAGAACUGACGCGUGUUGGAUACAAAAAGUUGUUAUUUUUUCAAAAGUCAAAAUAAAGAUGAUUAAUGAAACAAUUGCGGGGUUUUCUUCUGUAUAACAGUGAGAACGAGAAAUACUAUGAGUUAUAAUAUUUUUUAAAAGCCUGCGAUGAGUAUUUGUUGGAAUUUGUUGUAAAAUUUUAAUAGCGUUUAUUUGCAAUUUUUCUGUGGGUUUAGUGAUUAAUGAGAUUAUAUAACUUUUUAGUAGUUUUUAAAAGCUUAAAUCUAAAAAACCUAACGAAAUAUCAUUUUAGUCUGCGUACAAAUUUGGGACGCCUAAAGACCUGGCCCAGUUUCCCAGUGCUAGCUUUUCAUAUCCGUUGUUGAAGGAAGCAAAAAUGGAGAUUGACGUGGUAGAUCGGACGAACGACUUUAUCCGGCAUCAUCAGCAUUACGUGCAGCCAAACUCGAGUAUUCAGCAGAAUUUUGCUGCUCCCUUGCUCCAUGACUUAAACUCAACUCCACCCGAAAUGGACUACGUUGUGCCCGGCCGACGCAGGUCCAAAAAGACGCUGUUUUGCGAUGUUUGCGGUGAUACGGUAAUAUUAAUUUAUUAUUUUUUUUGAUCUUUAGGCAUUGUUACUGAUUUUAUGUGGGAUGGUUUUUGAAUGAUUUUUUUAAUACUACUUAUUUGCUGGGAUUUUGGUGUUGAGAGAGACAGCAGGAAAAGAAAUGGGGGAUAAUUUUUUAAAAUUAUAGGCAUUGGGUCGCCAUUACGCAGUGAUAGCUUGCAACGGCUGUAAAGGUUUUUUUCGACGCAGCGUAUGGAAUAACAAACGAUACAAAUGCCGAUUUGAAGGACGAUGUGUUGUAGCCAAAGAACAAAGGAACGCGUGUCGCGCUUGUCGAUUAAAACGUUGUUUGGCAGUAGGAAUGAAUCCUCGAGGUAUUAUUUUUAUAUGCAAUAUAAAAACUUCUUAAUGGAGCUUAAGGUUAAUUUUGAAUACUGGUAAAAAAUUGAAAACAUAACUUUUCAUUUAUUAUAUACAUACUAAACUAUUGUUAUAGCGGUUCAAUACGAACGCAGCGAUUCAGAACAAGUUCAUACAACAUGGCGUUCCGAUGAAGCACAUCCGAACGAAACCGAACAAGUUGUUAGUGUUUCUGCUUUUAUGGGACAAGGCACAUCGACGGGAAAUGGUCCUUUAUCCCCGUACGUUCAACAAUGCAAUGCGGAAGUUCAAACCACUUCAUGUUCGUUGCCCAAAGUUAGUGCUGAAGGUCAAAUUUUGUGUCGAGAGUACGAUGAAAACGAAUUUAAGAGAACACCAUUAUUUAUACCGUCGCCGCAAGAGGAACUCAGGUUAAAUGCUGUCGUAUUUGAUCAAGAGGCUCAACGACAGGUUUGUUAAUUUGUUCAGGAGGGGAUAUUCAUUUUUAAAAAUGUUUUGAUUAAAAGAAAAAUUUUUUUUUAAACUGCAUUUAAAAAUAUAAAUCUUUGUUUAUUUAUUACAAUUUUAUUUUUUCAGGUAUUAUCAUUAAUUCAAAUAGACGAUCAGCUAGUUAACGGAGUGGACAACACCCCACAACUUAUUCAAAAUUCUAAAAAAGAUCCGAACGGUUAUCCAUUUAUUGAUCUCUUCCGAAAUCCGUCGUUGGUUUGUACGCGGAUUCGAAUUACGCCCACCGCUGAACGCAUUGCUGAAAUUGAGGACACUGUACAAGAUUGGCAACGCUGUUUGGUGUAUUUCAUUGAUUUUGUAAAGUUUGUUCCGGAGUUUCAAUCUAUCAGUCCGGAUGACCAAAUAUCGUUAGCUGAAAGCCGUUAUCCGGCGUUUCAUUGGUGGGCGGCUGCUAAUUGGACAGUACGAACGGGUUGUGACGGUGUAUGCUACUGCAAUGGCUCAUAUUUUCCAAGAAACCAACAAUUGCAACGGGUUUUGGACCAACGGUAAGUGUGCUUAAUUAAAUGUAGAAAAAAUUUUCAAAUUUUCUUUUUUACUAAACUUUAUUUUAGCCGCGUAACCGAACGUAUGUUAAACCUGAUGGUACAACCCUUACGAAAAUAUCCAAUAAGUCGUGAAGAACAAGUUUUGUUAACUGUUCUAACGGUUUUUGCACCAGCAAGUCUUUCAAACCUAACGCCAGAUGGUCAGGAAAGUGUAAAGUACAUUCGCAAACACUACACAAUGUUGUUGUACAAGUUACUGGUACGCAUUGCCAACGUUGAAUCCCGAAGCGAAUGGGCUAGUGCCCGCGUAGGACACUUUUUCACACUGUUAGCUUCAAUUACGGUAGGUUUUUAGUAAAGCAUUUUUUUGAAGGGGUUAAGAUCAGAUUUUUAUAUCUUAAAUGAUCUAAAUUACAUAUUUUUUCAGGAAUUAGUUCGUCUUUCAGCUGACAACGUUCGCUUUAACGAAGUCUUCAAUGUUACUGGCUUCGGUGGUGGAACAGCAGUGGCACGCAACUUUUACGAUACAUAUGAUCGUGAUACUGGUUUCUAA